AAAAGACCGAACCACAUAAAGAUCCCUGCUUCAAAGUCUAUGAUCAUAUCAUUUAAAGUCUGAAUAAAUAGAAGAACGAGCAGAACCCGAUAAAGGCUACCAAAUGUAACCUGGACCUUCCUGUUGUCUGCUGGAUCAGGCAUUGGCGUCCCACUAGCAGGAGUAUAGGGGGCAUAUAUUCCUCAGGGCCUGGAAACGACACAGGAUCCCCCAGAAUGAUCCCAUCAGCCGAGUGACCCAACGCUCAAUAAGAGGAUGAUGAUGGAUGGUUGACUGUUACCAAACCAGAGAAAGACAGGGAAUAUAUUGCAGUAAUUUCUUUAAUUAUUUGCUUUCUGCUGUCAUCUUUUGCAGAAUGAGAUCCUCAGCAGUUCAGAUGGUUUGUGUGGCCCUUGGGGCUCUCUGCCUGAUUGGGGUCAUCAGGUGUUGCACCGUCCCUCAGUGGAAAAUUUCUUCCUUCAUAGGAUCAAACAUUGUUACUGCACAGGUGAUUUAUGAAGGUUUAUGGAUGAGCUGUGUGUCGCAGAGUACUGGACAGAUGCAGUGCAAAGUGUACGACUCCAUGUUGCAGUUGGGCUCUGACCUGCAGGCCGCCCGCGCCAUGACCAUCAUCAGCUGCAUCCUCUGUGGUCUCAGCCUCCUCAUCUUGUUUUGGGGUGCCGACUUCACCACAUGUGUUCAGAACGAAGACGCCAAGCCCAAAAUCAUCCUGGUGGCUGCAGUGGGCCUGAUGCUGGCCGGCCUGCUGGUGAUCAUCCCGGUCAGCUUUCUAAGAGAUUUCUACAACCCUCUGUUACUGGAUUUCCACAGGAGAGAGAUGGGAGCGUGUAUCUAUAUCGGCUGGGCAGCCGGUGUGCUGUUGAUCCUGACAGGAGUUCUGCUCUGCUGCUUCAGCAGACCCAGAUCCAGCAGCUCUAGUAGAACCGUCAAAUACUACAACAACACGCUUCAGGUCCAAACGAUGUUAUAAUUUAGAGGUUUUAUGGAAGGGGCUGGUGUCCAAUAGACAGGCAGACAAGGGAGUUGUGUUGGUAAAAACCGUGACGACAACAACAUAAUUUUAUUUGUUGGUGCUCGAAGGAUUGUAGUUUGUACAUAUUCAUUUCCAACAUUUUGAAAUGUUGCUUAAAAUGCAAAUUUAAAAAACAUAAGCAUAAAAAAGGAACAAGAUGCAAAAGUUGUUCUGCAGGAAAAUAAGAUUUCAUAGUCACAAUUUUUCCAAGACAACUUAAAUGACAAAUGUGUUUGAUUAUUUAGUCCUGUUCACUUCUCUGUCAUUUCUUUUAUAAAUGUAUUCAUUUAUAAAACGCUCCCAGCCAAAUGGGCCUCGGGAAAUAAUUAUAUGAGCGUGUUACUCAGAUACACUUCAGCUUCUGCGUUGCUUUCUACUGACAAAACAUUUACUGUAAGUUGGUUUGUUCUAUUUUUGUUUCUUCACAAUGAUCACAAUAGAUUAUUAAAGCUUUGCCAGAUACAAAUGUUUUCAGAAAAAGGAAUUAAAUGCAUAAA